AUGCAGGCACUGUCAGACCUUCCUGUCCAUCCCUUGGCCAUGGAGACACCCUCGACUUCAAAGGUCAUCACCGAUGAUGAUGGCAAGAAUUGGUACAACUGGGAACUUACUGAAACCGAACGGGCUCACAUUGCUAGUAUGCUUGAAACUACAGAGGAAUAG